AUGUCCGCGUUUGCUGUGACCUAACAUCUCUCAAGACUCAAUCGUCCUACUUGAUGUCAUUCAUCCGGAGUCUUAUGGAACAUAGUUCCAAGGACAUCCGUGAGAAGAAAAAGCUUCAGCUUGAAACGGACUUCACUGAGACCGGAACGGUUCUGAACACAUGCCUAACAGAAAAGUUUGACGACGUGACCAAAGUUUUGAAUAUUUACAACCAAGUCUCCGAGCGCGUUUCCGCCAACAUGGCUGCGGUGAGUAAGAUCAAGAGCGAUUUGAUCGAAUGUAAAAGUUUGUUGCACUGCAAUCGGGAGGAACUGCGACGUUUGUGGCUAGAACUGGUAGAACAGCGACACAGCAUCGAGCUUUUGGACAUUCUGGACCAGUUGCAGGCCGCCCCGGACGCCAUUGCCACACUUGUUAGUGCUCGUGCCUGGCCAGACGCAACGGAGCUUAUGUUGUACACAGCGGAGCUCCUGAAAUCUGACAUCGCUUCGGUUCCAGCUUUACAAACCGUCAAGGCCGACUUGGCUCAUAAAAAUAAGAACACCAGUCAGAUUAACCAUAUCGGUACCCACGGGCUCAUAUUUCUCACAAAACCAAGUGGUGUCUCAUGUACAAGGAAAUUUCUCGCCUAUGGGCAAAUAAACAUGGCUUCUCUUCUAGAGGCUAUUCGGGCACGAGGUGUAAUAUACCUUUUUGUUGUUCACCAUCUUAUACUCGCAGUUCAUUGUGGACCACUUGCAAAAGCAACUUCGGUCUCUAAUCUACGAACGCCCACUUGCGUUGGUUGUGGAGAAGUAUCUGAAACGUUUGAAAAAGCCGGGUACUGGCGGACUUUUCUCAUCGAGCAACAAGUCUUCAUUGUGGACCACUUGCAAAAGCAACUUCGGUCUCUAAUCUACGAACGCCCACUUGCGUUGGUUGUGGAGAAGUAUCUGAAACGUUUGAAAAAGCCGGGUACUGGCGGACUUUUCUCAUCGAGCAACAAGUCUGAAAACACUGAAAAGAGUUCCCUACUAUCUCGCACGAUCGACCCUGCUCGAUUUGCUACGCUACCCCUGGCAAGUUGGCAUACUGUCAGCGUGGUUCAACCAACAGCGGAUCCGAACCUGCGCAAAAAUCCUCAGUCUGUUUCCGCAGCGAUUGCUGCACGCGCUGCGACGGCGACAGCCGACGGUGGUGGUAUGGAUCAAACCCUCCCUAAACGGACUGCACAGUUAUCCGAAGCGGAAUGGAUUCGUGAACUGGUGGCUAUAACGCAUUGCCUGGCCCAACUGGACCGGUUACCGCAAAUUCUGAACGCCUGGUGCCCUCAGUCUCACCUAGCCCAGUUGCAACACGCCCUAAGUGCCCCGCAAAAAACGGAUGUUUUCUCAGGACCUCUUAUUCCCGGCCAAGGUCUCUUGGGCGAAAUACAUCGGUUCAUCGUACUCAAAGCAGUCAGCGUGGUCGAAUCCAAGGCUAUAUCACAAGGUGAUGUCAAACUGCUCUCUGAGAUUGCUUCGCCCGGCUAUUUGGUCGAUUUAUUGCAACUCGUUUUCGACACUCUUUUCAUGCAAUCCCGAGCCUGUCAGCUGGUCAUCCGUACGAUGAAGGUAGCCAGUGUGUUUAAAAACAGAUCGUUGCGUGAUCUGGACGGAUUGAGUGGAGACUACGUAUGGUCUUGUAUUCAACGUGAGAUCGAACUUGUACUAUCCGUACACUUGGAUCAGCAAUCUUCUGAUCAGAUCGCAGGUAAUCCAAUGACCACGUCUACCACCUCGGCAGUUUCGACGACAGUUGGAUCUGUGGAUAUUAGUCGCUUGGAUUUGAACAGCCUGAUGGGCCGGAGACGUGUGGGCCCAUUCAAUCUGGCAUCUGCUGCCUCGAUUGCCACCCCCUCAUUCAGGCCUGAUUCCGUGGCAGGAACUCCGGCAUCCGGCGGUUCCGGUGUUGUUGGAGCGGGCGAUGUGAAGACGCCCGGUGUGGAGCUGUUCAGUUUCUCUAACACGUCGCACUUUCUCAGUGUGAACUCGUAUAUGCGCGAACAUCGACUGUUCAACGAAACAGAUGUGAGUACCUCACCGAACGACCCGUCGGCCAGUGAGGCCUCUUACCCGUUGGUGUGCCGACCCUCCUAUGACAAUAUUACGAGCGUGUACAGACAGGUGAUGGAGUUUGUGGCGGCUGCUGAGAACGAGAUGAAUAUAGUGGAAAAUCAUGCGGAGAACACCAGUCCCACAUCAGUCAAGCGUCUCUCACUUCUACGGAUGUACCUCAUGAACUUCAUCGACACAACUUUCUUGCCCGGGGCGCUGGGUGCAUUACGUCGGAAACUACAACGAAGCCUCUCAGCACCGGACUCCCUUAACUCGGUGGUUUCUCAACAAGUUGAACGUGAACUCGGUUUAAAUCGUCCCAUCCUAAUGACAGCCCUAUGUGUGGACGAGUGCCUGGUCGAAAUCAAACGCAUGUUUCUCGCGUUGCCAGACUAUAGUGAUGGUGUCAUGAAGAUUGGAACAAGCCUUUUAAACGAAUUUAUUGGUGCCAUGUGGCGGGUUUACCGAAGUCUCAGCGAGGUCGACAAGUCAGGGACCACGGUACCCAGCUCUGACUGGGCUCAGGAUAAUGACGUCAGCCGAUUCUGGAAGAAAUUUCCCGUUUGGCUUCGCAUGGCUGCACACGAGGCCCGUAUUGUGGCGAACACGACCUUGCUGACCUCCCAACGAGAUGGCUGGGCUCUUCUGGGUGGUAUGGUCGAUUCGGGUCAGCGAAGUGAGAAAUCCGACACUGGGGACAAUGACGCUGCAAGACGCAUCUCGCCAGCCACCAUUGUCACGCUGGGACUAGCUAACGAGUAUGAUGGAAGUGCGGGCUGUGCUGAAUCACAGCUAAAUACACGUCUCGUCAUUCCAUUCGCUAUGGAGAGGCGCAGCGGACCAUCAGAAACGGAGGACGCGAAGAAUAACACUUCUGGUUUUACGCCGAUUUCAUUCUGGUUAACUGGUUUCAUUUUUUCUCAACAGCAUUUGCCUGGUCUUCUACACGAACGUGAAGCCACUCGGUUAGCAGCCAAGGAAACCAAACAGUUGCUUCACAUGAUUAAAGAUGAAAUACCUGAGAGUCAACAGCCGACGCAACACAAAGGUGUAUACCAAUUGCCCGUCGUCCGAAACAUUCAAAUACUCAAGAUUCUCGGUCGUCUCAGCGAGUCACUGUGUUGGCUUGCUCACCGCGUUCUCGGUUUGGACACGUGGCUCCGACAUCUUCGACGACGUAUGGUUCAACAACAUCACCUUACGGAAGGCUCUUCAGACGGGGAAUCAUCCAAAAUUCCUGUGACAACGUUUCUAGACACUCCUUUUGCCGCAUGCUCCAGAGAACUCACCCGGGUUGCUGAUGCCUGCCUGCUCAUGGUCUACUUGGAAGUGCGUAUUCAGGCGUACAAUCAUUUUGGAGGGCUGCCGGAGAACGUCAACUACUCGUGUCCGGUGGAUGAUGUUGAUGCGGACAAGUAUGUCACCGACUUCCUUGUCUAUCUGGAGCGUGUGCAGGAUCUGCUGAUGCACACAUUCAGUCGACACAAGUUCCGUUUUAUUUUCGACGGUCUUGGAGAUUUUAUCUCGCAGCUACUGCUCCGGUUGGUUCCAACGAUUCCUCGGAUGAAUAGGAAUGGGAACAGAAAAAUGUGCCGCAAUGUGUACCGACUUCAACAGGCUCUGGCUAGUCUAACCGAGACACACGAGUCCGAUUUGAUCCGCGUCAAACAGCUGUUCGAACUGUUCCAUCUGACACCUGAGACGGUGGUCAAUCGCCUGAUGGAACAGGGUGCAGCCUUUGAAGAAACGGUGUAUCGCAAUCUGCUGGAACUUUAUCAGCGGAGUCAUCCGACGCACCCUUAUACCAAAACACAGGAGAGCAUUGCCAAGUUGUCCAGUGUGAUCAAGCGGACUGCAGCCUGAACUUGGAUACCACAAAGUUCUUGAUCUUCAAAUGCAUUGUGGAAACACGAUCUCAUACGCCUUCUUUCAUAGUUUCUACUGCUGCUACUUACUGCCACGCUUCUUUCACUUGUCACGAGUCCCAGUCCGGAUGUACGUGCUUGUAUGUCGGACGUUAUUUGUGACCGGCCUUCUCUUUUUCUGCACUUAGAACGCGAAAUGCCCAUAAAUGCGUAAUAACCAU